AUGGAGUAUUUCAACAAGGUUGAGCAGCUGUGUGACGAGCUUUCCACACUGCUAAAGACUGUGAUUACUUAUAUACAUCUGGAGGAGUUCCAGGAGAAGCUUAAGCGUUAUACACGGGACACUGAGACCAGAAAUAGUGGUAAGUGCUUUGAUUUAAGAUUUAAUCUGGUGUUGCAAUACUGCAAGUGUUGUGUUGCAGAUGAGAGCAGUGCAGCAGUGUGGAGGUUGCAGGAAGCAGAGACUAAAAGUCUUGAACAGCACCAGCAGAAGGUCCAGCAGCUAGAGCACCAACACCGGGAAGCACUGGACAAACUUGCUAAGCAACACCAGCAUGAAAUAGAUCUAGCACUGGAGAAACACAGAAAGGAACUGUCUCAGUUUGCUGAGGACCAGCAGAACCAGCGGGAGGCACUGAGUCGAGCCCAUGGCGCUGAAGUGGAACAACUGGAAGGUGAAUGGCGGAACAAACUUGAUGUUCAACAUGAGAAACACAUGUGUUCUCUACAGGAACUUAACACCCAACACACACACAAGUUGCGAGAACUGGAGUCAUCUCGAAGAGCCCGGGAACGCGAACUGGAAGAGGCGAACUUCCGCUUGCUACAAGACCAAGAAGCUCUGAAGAUCGAGUCCAAGAAGCUAGAGGAGACUCUUCUUAACGACACAGAUCACAGACUGCAAGCUGUGCGCAACAUGUGCUCCUCCCUCAAGAGUGAGGUGGACUCCCUGAAAACCGUCGUGGAAAUGAAGAACGCAGAAAUUCACGACCUGCGCGGCCAGGUAAUAGAGAUGGAGAGACUAUCCAGUGAGCUGGAGAUGGCUAGAGAUAGAGCCAAGGCUCUCCAAGCCAAGACAGAGGAUCUCCAAGCUCAGAUGGAGAAGAAAGCUCUAAAAGAAAGACAUCUUGUGAACGAGCACAGACUGCUGGUUGAAACCUACCAGAGAGAAUCUAAUGCCAACAAGCGUCUCAGCUUAGAAAACGAAGAACUGGCGUGGAAACUAAGACAGCGAGAGGAGAUCAUGUCCACCUCUAUGCCUGCUUCCACUCUUGAUCUCGUGAGCCGUUCCUCCGUAGUACCACGGCGCCACGAGGGGGCGUCCACCCCUCAGGCUGCCCCCCGAUCACCCAGGGUAGCUGUUCGAACUCCAUCGGGCAAAAUCUCGCCUUCCAAGUGCGACAUUGGCAAGCGCAAGUCUCGACUGGGACUGAAUGCGGAGGAUGGUGUUGACGGAGACGACAAAAUACAGGAGUUGUCCUUUGAGUCUCCCCCACCGUCACCUUGUGUGAAAGCUGUGGUGGAGAAGUCAAACUCCGUCUCCUUUAUCCUAGAUCUGACCGACACUCAGUUAGACGACAGUUUUUUAGACCUGCCCCAAUCGCCCAGACCUCGGCCGCAGCGGACAGCAUCUCUGAGCGCUGUUGAUCGUCCACGCACACCCACGCACAUACGUAGAGUCAUUCAUAACAAUCGAGCAAAUACCCCAAAUAAAAAUGGAUUAAAUGCAGAAGGUAAACCAAGUGAUAUAAAUGGAAAGCCACAAGAAACAAAUAGAAAAACAAAAGAGACGACUGAAAAACCCAAAUUAGCGAAUGGGAAGUCCCUCGAUACCAACGGGCACGGCAGUCGUCCAGGGUCUAGGAGAACCACUUCAGAGAGCAGUGAAGGAGGCAGCGAAAUGGAAAGAAUAUCUCCGACUGGUUUGGCAUGGACUGUUCCUGUCCAUCCACCCAAAUCACCUUCUAAAGUAAAUGCUCCACGUCAGAACGGAUCACCAGUGAGAGGCAGGCUAGAGCACCACCUUUUGGAAGACCCAGAUGAGGAUGAGUAUGAAGAAACUCCAAGUGGUACUCAUCAGUUCAUUGAAGUUGUGGAACUGUCUGGAGUUGGUCUGACCAGCAGCUCUGAGGCUGCCAGUGACUCUGAGCUUUCUCAGUGUGACAUCAUAAAGGGAGGAUCCUCUACAGAUUCUGACAGUGACAGUAGUGAUGGUGAACGACAUAGCAAACCAGGGUCUACCCACCAACCCCUCGGUCGGAAGAAUGGACCAUGGUGUCCAAAGGACGGUGCAGGUGAGGCCAUGAUUACCGAUGAUCUGUUAAAACAAUAUACUGGCGACCCAUUGACGCUGGAACCACUCCCUAGUCGAGGAAAGCGACCCGUCAGGAGACGAGUCUCUUCUGCACCGUCUUCCGAUUCUGACGACAACACUACAAAUCCUCACAACGACAGAAAUAACAUGGAUGUCAGCUGGUCAGAGGAUGUGGACAUCACUUCAAGCUCGGAAAUGCACGAGCUGUGAUGUCUUGGCUAACCUUCUCCUCCCUCCCGACCGACCGACACGACGAACGACUAAAACACUGCCACAGCUUUCUGACUUGCCGUGAUACAAGUGAUCUCUGAGAUGGUACAAUCUCCUUUGUGCAGAUAUCAAUCCUAAUUGACCUUAUGCACUACAGCCUUUGUCUUUGGUUAAUGAGUGUGAGGGACUUGCCUCACAUUAGAUGACUUGCCAAUGCCAUUCACUAGAUGAAUCACUUGUUGGCCAGUUUGUGUUGUGUUUAUUUUCUAGUCAAGCUGUGCUUGUUCACAGAUACGACCACACCGCCACCCUCCUCCCCUAGUUACAGUAAACUCUAGAGGGAAGUGGGUGUUUUCUCCCAAUGUUCUCAUAGCCUCUGUAAGAACAUUAUGGGGUUGUGUUUUUGCCUUACGAGACCUAUGGUUUAGUCGCUUCUCGUGACUUCCGUGUAACAAAGAGAAAUUAAUUCUAGGAGAUUGUUUUAACACAAUAAGUCCACUAAUUCAAUGUUGAGGAAUACCACAGCCCACUUAAUGAUACAAUGGUUGUAUGACACUGCAGUUGGUUGUACAGUAUUCCCAUUUAACUGAAAAUAUUGCAUAUAGUACAUAUAUACUGUAUAUCACACGCACUAUAUUGUAAUAUAUCUGAGAAAAGCAUGAUGUAUCUACAAAUUAAGAGCUUAUAUCCUGUCAAAUUUCCAGAAUGUAAUUUAUUACAUGCACAAUGAAAAGCGCAAAAAAAUUGUUUGUAUAACAUAUUUAAGUUACUUGAUAUGCCAGUUUGUCAACAAUGGUAAAUUGAAUUUCUAGUAAACGAUCCAUCGGGCAAGCUAUGCUGAGCAGUGAUGUAACUAACUCGUACAUGCCUUCAAUUGUUGCUCUGUGUCUUCAGUUGCUGUUAUGGUUAGUUCUUGUUAUACAGAAGUCCUUGAUUAAUGUUGCAGUUCUGCAAAGUGAAGUGUUAACCAGAGCAACAUCGAGUGGAACUUGAGAUGUUGCAGUCAGGCACAACGACACUGUCUGUGGAACAACAUUAACCGAGAACCUCGUGUACCAGACAGUUGUGCUCCUUGUUAAUAUAUAAUGUCAAAUAUUGAAUCUUGUCAUUUGCCACGGAUGACCCUAUUACUCCUAUACAUUAUACAUAAUGGCAACUGAAGAUACAUGCAGUGGCCAGGAUAUUUGUCUACAAAAAAUAAAUUUAUGGCCAUUUCUGUAUACCAUUAGCAGGAACACAUACAAGUCUACAUAUGCAAUGUGGUGCCAUGCAAUACCUGUUUUUUCUACCCAGUGUGCAAAGUGCUAACAGUCAUAGGGCUCAUUAGGUCAGUCUGUCAAGGUAGUCAGGGUUAGUUGACUGUGGUCUUGACGAUUUUGUGCUUUUUUAGGAAAAACUGGCUCUUUUUACUUGUUUUUUUGCAAAUAAGGGAGACAGCCAGGCAUGCAUUUCCUGGGAAGCAUGAAAUUGAAAAUGUUGCAAAUGUAGUGGAGAUAAAAUCUUAUAAACUGUUUUUUUUAUUAUUUUUGCAGAUAGUGACCACUAUUGCCCUAUUAUUAGUGUGUCUUGGGUUUUCUAAUGAUUUAAGAAUACUACAGCAAUCUUUAUGAUAAGUUCAAAGCCCUAAUGUGAUGUUUUUAACAUCUAUAUUACUACCCAGCUAUUAAGUUUAAAACCCCGAUGUGAUCUUACUGUAGGAUAUAGAAAUAAAGCAAAGCUCGAA